AUGGCGACCAAAACCGAUCUCGAUGAUCAAUCUAAGCCAAACAUUGCUUCCUCUUCCAAUACAGUCAUCAUUCCUACAAAGUUUGAAUUUGAUACGUUGCAAAAUGUCGAACUUGCCACCGGCUUUCGUGCUCCACCAACGAGUCCAUGUAAUACAUUUGUGGGAGUUGGAGGAACAACGAUGACAAGUUUGAUGUCAAAAUUACAAAUGGAGAAUUGUACUUUACCACACAUCACUCCACAAGAGUUAGAGAUGCAAAACGAAUUAUUGAUCAAACAAAGAAAGAGAGGUAGAAAAUCAGCUCCUCAUGUUGCAACAUUAUUUUCUUCUCCAUCUCGAAGUAAAGAUGAUGAAAGUGAACAUGCAGAUAGCUCUUUUGCCACUUCUUCUUCAACAAGCAUUCCAUCUUCGUCUUCUUUUUUUGGCGGUGGACAAGGUAAUUAUCCUCCUCCAAAUUCACCUGAAAAUUCAAUUUCAUCUUCAAUGAUUGAUCAAAACAAUUCAAUGCUUGCAAACUUUUCGUGCAAUCCAAUCGGCGAUCAAGAGGAACAACAGACAUGUACGUCUUCUUAUUCUUCAAUUGCAGAAAGAGCCACUCAACUUUCUCAAUUGAAAACGCAAUUGCAUCUUACCCAUAAAUUGGAGCAAAUUCGUCGAACGUCCGAUUCAACUGCUGGCAUCGAGUAA